AUGAAAAUUGGUAUUUUCGGCGGAUGUAACACCACUCGUCUGACUCCAGUUCUAGAGGAAGAAUUGAAGGUUCUCGCCUCACUGAUCAAUACGGAACAACACCUCGUUGUAUACGGAGGUGGAAAGAAGGGAGUGAUGAGUAUUGUUCCAAAGUAUUUUCAUGAGAGAGGAGGAAGGGUGAUUUCGAUCAAUACAAAGGAGGCUAAUAAUGGAUUGGAUGAGUGUUAUGGUGAGAAUUUUCUGUAUGAUACACUGCAGGAGAGACAGAGGAGAUUGAUUGAGAAUAGUGAGUUGGUGAUUUGUUUGCCAGGAGGAAUUGGAACGAUUAGUGAAUUGUUUGAUGUGAUGGCAAUGAAUAAUAACAAGAUUAGGAGUGUCAAGAUUUUAUUGUAUAAUUUUGAAGGAUUUUUCAAUCACAUGAUUGAACAAAUUAAAUUAUUGGGAAAGAAUACGGAUGAAUAUUUGAUAGUGACAAAUGAAGUGAAUGACUUGAUGGAACGUUUGAAGGAAUUAAUUAAAAUUGAAUAG